CUCUGGCUGCGUCAUUUCUUCAAGUUUGUGUAUCUUUUGUUUUGUUUUUGUCUAUGAAAUGAAACAUGGUGACACCGACUUGUGGCCAAAGCGUUUUCGCGGUGUUGCGCCAUGUUGAGCCGCUCGUCGUGCUCGAGCAGCUGGGCACCGCUUUGUUCAACACCGCCCUGCUGAUGGUGGUCAAGGACAGGUGUGCCAACACUACCUACCCCGGUACGGGCACUCGUAUCUCCCGAGAAGAGGACCAACAGAGAGCCAUGGCGGACUUCUACAUGACAUACAAUCUCGUCGUCCAGCUGACGCCGAUAGUGCCCGCUCUACUCCUCGCCAGGGCAGGCGACCGCGGCUGGAGAAGAGCCCCAAUCGUGGCGCCCUUAAGUGGGUAUCUGCUGUCCUGCGUCUCCCUCCUAUUGGUGGUUCUUCUCCGCCUCCCCAUUCAGGUGAUGUUUGGGGCAGCGGUUGUCUUCGGUCUGUCCGGGGGGUUCUGUGCUUACUGGCCCGGCGUGAUGACGUUGGCGUCGCUCUCCUCAACCACUGAAAAUCGCUCACAGGUAAUGAUGAGAGCAGAGCUUAUGUAUGGAACUGCAGGCCUGCUGGGCAGUCUGCUGUCCGGUCACGUGUUCUUGCUCUACAGCUCCAGAGUGGGACACGGAAUUGUCCUGCUCUCUGUUUGCGCGCUUCUCCACCUUCUGAGCCUCGUGCACGCCACAGUUCUGCUGCAGGUACAGCAAGUAGCCAGCCAACUUGACGAGAGCAGCCAACUCCUCCCUCACUCCUCCGCUAGUGUUCCUGAACAGACGUCUUCCACCAAGGACAAGGUGAACGUGGUUCUGUUGUUCGCAGCUGCUGUCUUAUACACUUCCUCGGUGGGCGGAGCCGUUGAGAUCCUGGGCAUCUUUGUCAUAAAAGAGCCGCUCCACUGGAAUGCCGCCCAGGUCGGUUAUGGGAAUGCAGCAGGCUUUGUGAUCUUCCUCACCAGUUACCUGGGCGCCAUUGUUUUUCGUCGCUCCAUGAGCGAUGCAUCCCUCAUUCUUGUCGGCAUGCUGUCAUUUGCCUGCGGAAUUUACUUCAUGUGCUUCGUCACCACAACCUACAUGUUCUACCUCGCUCGCUCACUCAGCCUCUUUGGUCUCAUCCCAAUGCCCACCAUCAGGUCACUGCUCUCACAGCAGGUGCCAGCAUCCUCAUGGGGGAUCACGCUCACCACCCUGCAGCUGGCUCUGAGGGUUGCUGCCCUGGCGUACAUCCCCGCCUUUACUAAACUCUACCAGAGUACAUUGGACUGGUUGCCGGGCUUCGUCUUCACGCUCUCGAGCGUACUUGCAGUUCUGGCGAUGGUACCCAUCAGUGCCGUGGGAUGCAGGUUGUCUCAGCGGGGACCUUCCGAGGAGACGGCGGUGUCGACUGAAAAGCGGCAAGUGGAAAGGGAGAACUGAAUCUCACUUGCUGCAAAGAUCAAGCCACAAACACUGCAGAAAAGGGGAGUUGGGGAAACGAGCAGGUGUGUGUUUAAAUAAGCACUUUAUGUGUAAGAACACAAAUAACAUGCAGUCUUGUGUACUGAUGAGGUUUGCCUGAAUGGAGGUUUCAGCCCUGCAGAUAUUUGAUCAUUCUAAAGCUAGUGUCAGUAAGAUUCUACUUGCCCCGCUAGCAUUAUUUAUUCUAAAAUCUUCAAAUCACGAUGACAAUAUAUCAUUAAUUUCAAUAAACUGCUAUAUUUGUGACUUUUUAAAAUGACAUUUCAAUUGUGAGACCAAUAAAGCUUUAUAAGCUAGUUCUCUCCAUGCUGCCCAAGCGCUGCUCACAGGAUGAUGCAUUCAAGGGCAUUGCGUAACUCUUAAUGUGGAAGUACAAUUUGCUAGAAAUUCACUCAAAACAUGUGACUUCCACUUAAAUUACAUGUCUUUUAACACAGUUCCUUAUUGGUCAGAGUAACAUGGUUAUGAUUCAAUGUGAUUGAAAUGCUCGGCUACUCGUGUUCGUCCAAUAGAUUUUCAGAUGUGUGCUAUCUUUUAGCUGCUGUUAAUACUUUCAAAUGUAUAUGUAUAUAAUUGUGUCCAGUCAUUUACCUUACCCAGUAAAAAUGGAUUUUUACAAAAUAAUAAUUUCACAGCCUGAAUAUAUAUUUUAAAAAGAUGUGCAGAUGACUAUCAAAUCAAUUAAUUUUAUUAUUGGUCCAAUAUAUCCCAAAAAUAAUUUGAGGUAAGGAUAUUUGCAUCAAAACAACAUCAAUAUACAAGCUUUAUAUAUGUUCAAGUGUACAAUAUGUAAAAACUGGCAAACAAAAGAACUGAAGGUAUUAAUACUUAACCUUUCUUCAAUAAGUUAGAUUGAUCGUAUUUCUCUUGUGAUUGUAAUGAUGGGCUUAUUUUUUACAUUUAAACAAAACUCUUACAGUUUUAUAUGAAUUAGCUAUCAUCCUGUCCACAUUUGUGGAUUCAAAAAAAAAAAAAAAAAUAAAUAACACAAAAAGUUGCCAUGUCUUCAAGGGGAGGAGUCAGAAGAAGGGGGCGGGGUUUUGAAUAGUGCGGCAGUCAAUCAGCAGGCAAAUUAUUCUGUGGAGCUUCACGAUGGCUCAGUACAAGCACAAAAAAAACAUCCUUUUGUAAAUUGACUAGCUUAUUAUUGUUAUUGCAAAUGUCUCAUCCCGUCUUAAACAUUUUGACAAUAAAUAGACCGACAGACCUGACUUGUAAACACAAACUUUGAGAUAAAUUCAACAAAACGCAGAAAGUAAACAAAGCAGUUUUUUUAUCAGCUCUUUUGUGAAAAUAACAAUGUUGCAUUUAUUUAACUGUAUUGAAAUAUAAGGUCAACCUUUGUGUACCUCUGCUGUAUGCUCUUAAUUAGUUCGAUCAUUUCUUAGAAUAAAAGCCAUCUGGGGGUCAGGCUUAUUAUCCCUGAGUUGUACCUUUAAAUCCAAUUACUACAAUACUGAAAUGACCAUUUUCUUAUACUUUCUGUGCUUAUUUGUGCGAUGAUGAAAUAUGUCAAGCCACUUUUACCACCAGCAUAAACAUGACUGAAAAAACAAAAACAGAAAUGCUGAUGGAAUUGGUAAUGCAUGGGAGCUCUCUCUCUCUCUCUGUUUCUAGUUUAUGUU